AUGAGUGACAAAUCAGGAAGUGGAAGAGACCGAAACAGUGAGAUGCCUGCAGAAAAGAAGGGGAAAGCCGAGAGAGAAGCGAUCUUGAAGGCCAAACUCGCAGAGACCUUACGACUUGCUCAAAGGCUAUUGAACGAACUCAGUAACGAUGACGAUGCACCAGAACCGGCGGAGAUCUUAGAAACCACAGGUAGCGAUCUGAUCGGCCAAGAGGAUGAGGAAGAUGAUCUAUUUAAGCAGAGUACAACGGGUGAAUCAGAGUUGUCUAGGAACAAGGGAAAUAGUGGCAAAGCGAAUAUGGGCGAGCCAACCAAUACCACUUCACAUGCGCAUCACGAGAAACAAAACCUGGAGGUUCCAUCUGAUCUCACAGUUACAGAAGCGACUUUGACUGAGAAAGUUGGCGUAGCUUUCGACAAAAAAUAUCGAUGUAUCGCACGCAGGAAAAAGUCGAACAAGAGUAACGUGGAGAUGUUAGUCCUGGCUGAUGAACUUCAAUGGCUUAGGAGAACUGUUGUUCGGCCCGACCUCCCGGAGGCUUUCGAAGAUUAUAAAAGAGCUAAAGAAGCAGGAGAAUUUAGGAAAGUAGCGAUACCGAGGUGGCACGAGGUCCAGGUACUCGAGAGCGUCAUUUUGGAUACUGACGUGAACUCUGGGGAGGAUGACGGCAGUGAUGAUGGCACUCCCGGAGACGAAAAGGAUGAACCCGUACUACUAGACAGCGGAGAUGACACGCAGGCUGGAGUAGAUGAGCAAAAUAGCUUAGUAGCAGAUGCAGAAACUCAGACAGAGCCUGAUCAGGCUGCACUAGACGACGCUGAAUCUAGUAGCAGCGCAGAGUCUCAAAGCUCUGAACAGCAACGUGUCUCGAAAAAGGACGUAGCAGCUACGGAAGAAAAGAAUAGAAAGAUUCUUAGAAAGAAUGUUCAGGGAGAGGCAGCAGAGAGAACAUCAAAGUCUCAAAAGGACAACAAGAGAGGCUCCGCCGCGCCGGCCAGUAUGCAACCACCAGCGAAGAAGCCAAAGUCUGCGAAGACCGCAAAACAUGCUGAAAAUCCGGGUGAGGAUGACAUGGAGGGUAUAGUCGAUGCGGACCCAGAACAGACAUAG